AUGCAGUGCUUAGAGGAGGAUCACUGGCAGCAGCCUGAUAUGCAGUACUCAGAGGAGGAUCACUGGCAGCAGCCCGAUAUGCAGUGCUCAGAGGAGGAUCCCUGGCAGCAGCCUGAUAUGCAGUGCUUAGAGGAGGAUCGCUGGCAGCAGCCUGAUAUGCAGUGCUUAGAGGAGGAUCACUGGCAGCAGCCUGAUAUGCAGUGCUUAGAGGAGGAUCACUGGCAGCAGCCUGAUAUGCAGUGCUUAGAGGAAGAUCGCUGGCAGCAGGCUGAUAUGCAGUGCUUAGAGGAAGAUCACUGGCAGCAGAUUGAUAUGCAGUGCUUAGAGGAGGAUCACAAGCAGCAGCCUGAUAUGCAGUGCUUAGAGGAGGAUCACUGGCAGCAGCCUGAUAUGCAGUGCUUAGAGGAGGAUCCCUGGCAGCAGCCUGAUAUGCAGUACUCAGAGGAGGAUCACUGGCAGCAGCCCGAUAUGCAGUGCUCAGAGGAGGAUCCUGCAGCAGCCUGA